AUGGGACAAUACAAUAGACUCACAACUGCUAAUGCAAGUGAAAACAAUGGCAACAACAACAACAACAACAACAACAACAACACCGGCAGCGGCAGCGGCAGUGGCAACACCGGCAGUUACAAUAGCAAUCCAUACUACAGCAACAACACUAAUGGUCACAAUUACGGCAAUACCAACAAGCAUCAUUACAGAUCAACUUCAGACAUUGCUGCAAAUAUAAAUUUGGGAACACCAAAUGGAGGUACUUUCCAUCAAAGUUUAUACCAAUCGUCUCCUCCGCCUGCUUUACAUGCUACACCUAUUCCACAACCCCCACAGCAUCCACUCAUGUCUUUACCACCACCAAUUACUUCUGCUAUGAAUAGUCAAGCUAAGCCUCCGCAUGCUUCAAUCGGAAAUGUCUAUAACACUAACCACAAUCAGAGCUCUAAUGGCAAUCAUUACCACAAUGACCAUAACAACAACAUAAACGAUAGCUUUACGCUGAGAGCUAGUCCACAUUUCCAGAUGUUGGAACAUAACAGAACUCAAAGUUACAGAAGUGGACCCCAGGAUUAUACACAUCCUCCUCAGUAUGGAGGUGGAACUGAUGCUGCUUUUGACCAUGUACCACAAUCUCAUGUCAAUGGGCUUCCAUUGAGUCAACCAAAGCCAACUUUGCCUUUACCUACACAUCACCAAGCGCAACCACAGCAACAACAACCACCUCAGCAACAACAACCACAACAACAACAAUUACAGCAGCACUAUCAUGCUUCUUCCACUUUUCAACAACAACCCUCUUCGGGCAGAUUUGAUUCACUGCUGUACCAUAUGGGUCAGCAAUCACAAUCAAGUUCGCAAUUUGUACGUCAAUUCCUGCACCAUCUUAACCCAAACCAUGCCGUUAAUCUCAAAUUUAUCAAAGAUUUAAACUCAAUGAUUGAGAAUUGGACUGAAGAUGAAGUUAAAGCCAGAAGAAGAUUGGUCAAGUUUGAUGUUCUGCAUGGCGAUGACAACAACAACAACAACAACAACAACAACAACAGCACUAUGCAAAUGAUAAACUUUGAAGCAAUAAAAUCGGUUGAUUAUGGUGUGACUCAAGCUGUCAUUUCAUGCAUUUACUGGCAAGAGAAGAAGAGAUUUAUUUGCACAUCUGUUGACAUUAUCUUGCUACUCGAAUACUUGGUUCAUCAAAGUUUUGGAAUUGAAGAAAAGAAUCGUAUUAGACGAAACUUGCAAAGUUUGAAACCAACAACGGUAUCAAGAUCAAACAAGAAUGAUCGUGAGUUUUUCAGUUUGAUUAUGAGUAUGGAGAAUCCUCGUCCAAGAAAUAUCGAAAAGGAUUUGAAAGUGUUUAAUUGGAGUGAUUUGGGGAAAGCCAUUGCCAAAGUAAUGUCAAAGUAUUAUGUUGUAUCUUCACCAUCACCAGGGUCAUCGACACAACCAUGGAGCAAUGGUGCUGGUGGUGGUAGCAGCCAACAACUACAAUAUGUACCCUUGGCAGGGUCACCAACAUCGCAAGAAGGAGGUGCCGACCCACCACUAGACUCGUCCAAUGCGAGGCAUAGACAAGUAACGUAUAAUCACAACGCGCCAUAUCAAGGUAGCCCACCCCCUCCUCCAUCAUCAUCAUCAUCAUCAUCAUCAUCAUCAUUGAGCAAACCGAGCUUGCCCCCUUUGGCUCUGGUGGCACCAAUUUCUGGAUCAUCAACACCGAUUCAACCUCAAUUCCGUACAACUUCAUCAUCAUCGUAUGGAGAUUUGACUCGCAGUGCAGGUUCUGCUCCUAAUUUACAAAAGAUUAAUUACCCUGGAGAUCCAAAUCGGCGCACUGACAAUGCCGUUUCCCCAUUGAUUGCUCAAAAUAGUGGUACCUCUUUGGAAAGCUCAAAUGUGUGUAGCCAAGUAACACCUACAUACCAUCGUACGCUAGAGUCAAAUCAACAAGAUCAUCAUCGUUAUUAUUCGCCACCGGCUGGCUUCCCUGUACCAUUACCACCGCCUAGACUACACCCUACAAGAAGUAAGUUUGCCUUCUCGAGAGGAGGAGGAGGAGCCUUGCGGGGAGGAUCUUCACCAACAACACAAUUUCAACCCACUUACUCGCAGCACUCACCACAGCUCAAUGCAACCAAUCACAACUCAUCAACGGCUAAUGGUGGAUUGCAUACAGCACCACAUGGUUUUUCCUUUUCAAGUAAGGAGGAACUGCUGCUGGAUAGUGAUAAGUAUGCAAACAGAUUGGGCUCGUCUAGAGAUUCAGCGCCUUCAACUGGGGAGCAUCCACCGUCAACCAAUUUUUCAGAAAGUCCAUCACCUGGAAAGGAAACUGAGGGUGAUACUAGCUCGAGCUCAGAACGAUGCUCUUCAAGUAACGAUGGCGAGGAUGAUGUUGGUAGUGCUUUGUCAAGAAACUCCAAGGCAAGUGGUGAACAUUCUGAUGAUAGUGGACAAUCAAACAAGAGCAAUGAAUUAUCAAAUAGUGCUGGGUCACUCAGCAGUGGCUCAAAAGACUCGUCAAGUUUGUUAUCUUUACAUCGUGAUUCUGGUAAUUCAAGUGAAGAUUCAACAAGAGCGAAUUCUGCUCCUGGAAGUGGUAAAUUUGCUCCAUUGAGUUUUAGCAAUAACAAUGACAGCAGUGUGAGUUUGCUUGGAUCUAAUGGUGGUGGUGGUGGUGCCUCUAGCUCACACGGUUCUUCUUUCUCGGCUUCAUCAAAGAGUAACUUGCGCACCUUGAUUGACCCACAACAGUCGCCUAUAGUGGAACAUCAAGUGGAGGAAGCAGGGGAACCCGAAGAAGAUGAUGGGGUUAAAGAUGAAGAUGAAUCGAUGGAGGAUGAACAAGAUGAUACUGAGGAAGAAAAGACCAAUCCUAAUAAUGGUGUUGCAGGUUCUUCACCACAACCACCACCACCACUACUUUCGAAAAAAAGAAAGAGAAGAUCACAUAGGAAAAUGAGCAAUGUACGUGCGCAACACCAGGUGCAAAAUAAUGCAACGUCACAGUAUUUUGAUAACAAUAGAGACAAAAAAUACAUGUCGUCGCUGGCACCCGCGACAAAGCCACAGUUGCCACCAAUUUCGCAAAUCCUCAACUCGGAGUUGUAUUCUUCAAGUGAUGGACUACCACCACCACCUCCUCACCUGGUGGUUUCUGAAGACCCUUUGAUUAGGAAAGUUCAAAAUUGGAAAGAUUAUUGA